UAUAUCUAAACUCCUCUUCGGGGGCGAUAGAGAAAUGCAUCUGAUCCUGCAAAGAGACAAGGGCGACGACCCGUUUUCAUCUGCGGGGUCCUUCUGCUCCUCUGCUCGAAGGGUCGCGAGCUAUGGACGAGGGCAAUGGCGAGCACCGCAAGGGGGGCGAGACCCCGGCGGUGUUCCAGGGGACGGAGUACUCCCCCUUCCGUACCACCGUCGCCCUCGCCCUCUGGCUUGGCGGCAUCCACUUCAACGCCGCCUUGGUCCUCGCCACGCUUCUCCUCCUCCCCUUGCGCCUCGCCGCCGCAGUUUUCGGGUUUCUGCUCUUCCUCAUGUUGAUUCCUGUCGAUGAUAAGAGUAAAUUGGGGUCCAGACUAUCAAGGUAUAUUUGCAAGUAUGCAAGUGGCUACUUCCCCGUCACCCUUCAUGUGGAGGACAUUAAGGCCUUCAAUCCGGACCAAGCAUAUGUGUUUGGUUAUGAGCCGCACUCGGUGCUACCGAUAGGUGUUUGUGCUCUUGCCAACCACACUGGAUUCAUGCCUCUACCUAAAGUCAAAGUUCUCGCAAGCAGCGCUGUCUUCUACACUCCUUUUCUGAGGCAUAUUUGGACAUGGCUGGGACUAGUCCCUGCAUCUAGGAAGAACUUCUAUGCUUACUUGGAAGCUGGGUAUAGUUGCAUUAUUGUUCCUGGUGGGGUGCAGGAGAUGCUUCAUAUGAACCAUUUUUCCGAGGUUGCUUUCCUUAAAUCAAGAAAAGGAUUUGUGCGAAUUGCCAUGGAGACGGGCCGACCUAUAGUUCCUGUUUUCUGUUUUGGCCAGAGUCAUGUUUAUCGAUGGUGGAAACCUGGUGGGAAAUUUUUUGUCCCGAUCGCGCGAGCACUAAAGUUCACUCCAAUAGUCUUCUGGGGAAGAUUUGGAACACCUAUACCAUUUCGGCAUCCGAUGCAUGUCGUAGUCGGAAGACCCAUUGAGCUGAUGAAAAACCCUAAGCCCACUACGGAUGAGAUCAAUGAGGUUCAUGCCCAGUUUGUUCAUGCUUUCCAAGAACUCUUCGAGAAGUACAAGUACAAAGUUGGGUACCCUGAUCUCCAAGUCUCUAUUCUGUGACAUGUACAUCUUCCAUGCCUUUGUCAUCUGAGCUUGAUGAACCUGAAAUCGAGCUUAGAGAAAGUCACCGGGCCCUGUUAUCAAACUGCAUGCAUGAGCGUUCCAUCAGGUCAACAAUGGGAACGAAUACUGCUGCAGGCAUUCUGAAGCUGAAAUACUGUCUUAUAUACUCUGUUUCUGAGUAAAAAAUCGGAUGGAUGGAUGGAUGGAUGGAUGUACAAAUUUGGAUAGAAAUAUAAAUCUGCCGACCUUUCAUUGUAAUAAACGCUGUGAUCGGAGUAGAAAGUGUCAUCGAGCAAAACAUUAUAUGGUCACAAUGGGAAGCUUAUCACCAUUUGAAGAGUGCAGCUAUACGAAUGGAAUACUCCUCUUCCUCGUUCUCACCAACCCGUCGAGCUCCAUCGCUACUUCUCUCGUGAGGGGAGGGGCCUGUCGUCCCCCUUAAGUUGAGGCAUCUCUUCGCCAGCUCCGCCACCGCAACCAGCAGCUCCUGCGCUCCUUCGUUCACCACACGAAGCUCCGCAAGUAUUCCGGAUCCAGGAGGGAUGCCGGCGGGCCAUCGGUGGAGUGCACGCAGUAGCUAUUGGAGGAGACGAACGCGUGUGUCCUUCAAGAAGCCAUGGCCGCUGGGACUGAAAAGAUACGGACAUUGGAGUUCUUCCGGAGGCGAACGGUGGUGGCGCAGCUGCCGACGCCGAAGCCGGAGGUCCCGCUGGGCAUGACGUCGCUGCUGUUCGGUUUAUCACUGAGCAGUUAAAUAUUUUAUUUUCGUAAAUAUACAAAUCUUAAUAUAAUUUUUGAAAAUAGAAAAAUCAAAAUACUAAAGAUAACUAAUUAUAAGAAUAAUUUAUAAUUAAUCGGAUCGUAGCUUUUAGAGAGAGAGAGAGCUACAUCAUGAGUUAAUAGAUUUAAUUUCCUGUUCAAAGCAUUGUUUGGAAGAAACAUGCAUUUGCAGGUGGAACACAACUACGUGAAGAAUGGUCAGACAAACGGAUCGUCCGUUCUCAUGUUGAACUCUCGAGGAUGAUCGAUGCGUAAAUUGGGUGAGAACGUUCGUUCGGACCAUUGGAUACAGUGUUUGUUUGACCGCCGCCUUCCUCAGCUUUCGCCGACCGCUUCGUGGGUCAUCGAAAAGAUGACGCGAAGAAAGCCCGGCGAAGCCAUCCCGCCGUCCCUCAACACGGCCCGACGUAUCACGACCGCAUGAUGCCGAGUGCGGGCACUUCAAAAGAUCACGACCCACGUGCGUGCCUGCGUGCGUGCGUGUCCGCGGAACGUUUUAUAUAGCGCGGCAACGACGGACGCUCCACGGCGCUGAGUUGGAGGACCCGUUUGCCUCCGCGAGCUAUGGACGAGGGCAAUGGCGACCGACGCGAGGAGGGCGAGCCGACGGAGUACUCCCCCCUCCACGCCACCAUCGCCUUCGCCCUCGCCUUAGGCGGCCUCCACUUAUCCUCGCCUUGGUCUUAGCCGCGGGUUUAUGGGUUUCUGCUGUUCAUCACGUUGAUUCCCGUCGUUGAUAAAGAGUAAAUUGGGGUUGAGAGUAUCAAGGUAUAUUGGCAAGUAUGCAACUGGCUACUUCCCCAUCACUCUUCAUGUGGAGGACAUAAAGGCCUUCGAUCCGGACCAAGCAUACGUGCUCGGCGAUGCCUAUGGGUAUUUAUGCUCUUGUCAGCCACACUGGUUUCAUACCUCUUACCUGAUUGCAAAGUUCUCGCAAGCAGCGCUGUCUUCUACACUCCUUUUCUGAGGCAUAUUUGGACAUGGCUGGGACUAGUCCCUGCAUCUAGGAAGAACUUUUUUGCGUACUUGGAAGCUGGGUAUAGUUGCCUUAUUAUUCCUGGCGGGGUGCAGGUUAUAUGAACACUUUUUCUGAGAAUCAUGUUGUUUGGUGGUGGAAACCUAGUGGGAAAUUUUUUGCCCAGAUUUCUCGAGCAAUAAAGUUCACUCCAAUACUUCUCUGGGGAAGACUUGGAACACCUGUGCCAUUUUGGCUUCCGAUUCAUGUAGUAGUGGGAAGACCAAUUGAGCUGACGAAAAACCCACAGCCCACUGCAGAUGAGAUCAAUGAGGUUCAUUCUCAGUUUGUUCAUGCUCUCCAAGAACUCUUAGAAGUACAAGUGCAAAGUUGGUUACCAUGAUCUGGAACUUACAAUUCUGUGACAGUUACAUCUUCCAUGCCUUUGUCAUCUGAGCUUGAUGAGCUUGAAAUCGAUCAUAGAGAUAGUUACUGGGGCUUGUUAUUAGACUGCAUGUUCCAUCAGGCUAACGGUGGGAUCGAAUAGUAGAGUCAUUCUGAAGCUGAAAUAUUUGUCUUUAUAUACUCUGUUGCUACCGGUAUAAAUAAGAUCAGAUGUAUGUGAAGAAAUGAUUAGCCUGAAUUUUUAUUGAUUGUGAUUA